AAAAUAUAAUUUAUCAAUUAUUUUACAUUAAAAUUAUUUUUAUGUAUCAAAUUGUAAAUUAUUUGGUACCAGUAACCUCACUUCAACUUUAUAUAUAUUAUUAUUAACGCUUAUUUUCUUGUCAGCUAAAGCGUAAGGCAAGAGCUCGAGAGCUUUCGACGGAGAGAAAACGAAAGCGAAGCCGGAACCGUCCACGGGAUCUAUCGUCGCCACGCGCCUCUUCCGGCGGUCAUUGAAGCAGAUAAGCAGUACAGGAAAAAAAAAAAGAUCUGAAAAUAAGCAGAAGCCAAAGAGCUCGGACUCUUUCUCCCUUGUGUACCUUCGCCGUUUUCGAAUCUCCGUUCGACAGCGGGACAAAUCCACAUUCUGAUAACCGCAUCGAACCUCGAAAGGCGUUCUUCACACCCUUAGGUAUUGCUUUUUCUCCCUCAAUUGCAUUAGAUUUGAACUCGGACCUUUGAUUUGGUGAAUUGUGGUAAUGGGCAAGUCUAAGGGACGGCUGCCUUCAUUUGCUUUUGUGGUUAUGAUGCUAGCAAGCAAUUCCAGUGGCCUCUCACAUGGAUCUGAAGGUUUAUGUGUGCUGAUUGCCGUUUCUUUUUGUGUGGAUAGGGUAAUAUACGGUUUGUUUGUGAGACAUGUCUUCUGCUCAAGAUCCCUUUUAUAUCGUGAAAGAGGAGAUUCAGGACUCUAUUGAUAAGUUGCUAUCAACAUUUCAACAAUGGGAACGGCUUUCUUCUAAUGCCGGAGAGCAAGCGAGCCUCACAAAGGAGCUUCUCGCUAAUAGUGAGAGCAUCGAGUGGCAGGUGGAUGAAUUGGACAAAGCAAUUUCUGUAGCAGCUCGAGAUCCUUCUUUGUAUGGCAUUGAUCAAGUGGAACUUGAGAGCCGAAGAAGAUGGACUAGCAGUGCCCGCACUCAGGUAGGUGAUGUGAAGAGGUCAGUGGUUGCUGGAAGAGAGGCUAUUGAGGGGGGAGCUACAAGCUUACAUGGGAUGCGCAGGGAGUUGAUGAGGCUGCAAAACUCUCAACAUACAGCUGGAUCCAACCAGUACAUUGACGACAAUGAUAAUUUCAUACAAUCUGAAUCAGAUAGACAGUUGCUUCUUAUUAAGCAGCAAGAUGAAGAGCUGGAUGAACUGAGUGCUAGCGUUGAGAGAAUUGGUGGUGUCGGGCUUACCAUCCACGAAGAACUUCUUGCACAGGAAAAGAUCAUUGAUGAUCUAGGCAACGAAAUGGACAGCACAACUAACCGGCUCGAUUUUGUUCAGAAAAAGGUUGCGAUGGUCAUGAAGAAGGCUAGUGCUAAGGGCCAGUUGAUGAUGAUAUUGUUUUUGAUAAUUCUGUUCAUAAUCCUGUUUGUGCUGGUCUUCUUGACUUGAGUCGUAAAACCAGUUGGAGAGGAAUAUGAAAUGGAUGAUGGGAGAUCAGUUUUGGAAUGACGAGGAAUGUUUGAAGAAGAAUUGAUAUGCAGGCACGUCCCGGAAACCUUGGCUAGGUUUGCCCGAAGAGGCUGAAGGAUUUGGUAUGCCGGUAGAAUUUAGCAGCAGCAUUCUCGAAUUAACAUUACCUAUAUUAUAUGUGUCCCUUCGGUUAUAGGUAGAUGGUUUUGGUCUGAUUGGCACCGGGAGGAUGAGUCGUAGAAUAAAUACAUAGUUUGUUUGAUUUUGUUCUUUGUUCUGGAAUGGUCAAUUUGUGAUCUGGUAUCUCAAUCACAGUUCUUGCUAUAUUUGCUUUUUGCCAUUUCGUCAUGUUGCUUUGUGGUCCUCGGAUCGAAGUGAAUGCUCCCCUUCUGAGUCAAGUCAGUUACCAAAGUGCCUUCAGCAACUAUUUACUAUAGCGCACGUUCAAAGCAUGAAAACCAAGCUUUUCAGACCGCAUGAAAUAUAUUGAAAAUUGAUAUUAUUUUGUAGAUUAUGAUGAACUUGUUCUUGCUAUGCUGAAAUUUCAAAAUUUGUGUUAAAACAAAAUAGGCGAUGGGUAGACCGUUAGUUGGGGAUGCAAACUUGUAAAAGCCUAAAAUCAAUUCCAUAUGAAGGAAACUUCCUCUCGACAACCAGAAACAUCCUAGAAACGAGUUGGAGAGCAGAGAACGCUUCUAAGACGAGAUUGAGAACGCUUCUAAGACGAGAUUGAAGGUGCUAAUGAUUAAGACCCAGAUUCAGACUCAGAUGAUGAUGAGGAUGAGGAUGAGGUGUCUCGUGAUCGUGUACAUGUCUCGUACUACAAUCACAUUACAAAUGAAAAUUGGUAUGUUGAUGCCGACAUGGAGCUGUCAGAGGUGCCAAUAUGGGGUCCAGUACACUAGGUUUACUAAGGGCCAACAAUUUGGUACGAAGAAGGAGGUGUGGCACGUUGUUGACACUGAAGCAAUGACUCGGAGUUUUGAAUGGCUCAAAAGUCAUUCCGACACAAGGAGGCUCAUAGUUAGAUGCCAGAAUCAACACGAGGGAUGCAAGGCUAGGGUUUGGGUCAUCCAGAGUAAGAGAAUCGGACAUUGGGUAAUAUCCCGCGCAGUAAACAAUCACACAUGUGUGUCAUCCAUAACAUUCCAAGGCCAUCGGCAGUUGAAAUCAAGGGUGGUUGUCGCGACUAUCAAGUAUCUAAUAGAGCGACAACCUGACCUAAAGGUAAAAACCAUCAUCGUCGACAUUUCUAGUCGUUAUGGAUAUAUUAUUAACUAUAAGAAGGCGUGGCAUGGAAAGCAGAAAGCCAUAGCCACCAUGUUUGGCGACUGGGAAGAAUCAUAUGCAUACCUUCCCAGAUUGAUUUUGGCGUUGGAGGCGUCUAACCCAGCACUGCAUUCUCCUCCCGCUACCAAGAUGAAGAAAUCCAGCCACUGAAGCCUUGUAACAAACGUCAUUUCAAAGGACUUUUCUGGUCAUUCAAGCCAUCUGUUGAUGGUUUUCCCUUCUGCGUCCCUGUAAUGCAAGUGGAUGGCAUAUUUCUUACUGGCAAGUACAAAGGGAGUCCCUAAUUUCCAGUGGAGCGGAUGCAAACAUAAAGUGUCUUGUCUAUAGCCUUCGCCAUUGUCGAGGGAGAGAAUAUCGAAAACUAUGGAUGGUUUUCCGACAAAUUCACCUCCACGCACCACGAGGAUGAACCUGACAAUCAUCUCUGAUCACCACGUGGGGAUCAGAGCUACCAUCUUAGGCUUGGAUCAAGCCUGAAAAUGGCCCUAAAGGUGGUGCAUACGACACUUCAAGAGCAAUUGGAACCAUCAUUUCAAUUGGAUCCAGCCAAAGAAAUGUUUUCUGAUGGC